AUGAGGUUAUUGAAUCCCUCUUCAGCUUUGUUUGGCAAAAUUCCAGCCUGGUUCGCAUCCUUCAGCUGCAGUCCUUGGCCAGCUAGUUUUUCUUCAGUUAUUAAACCAAAUAUCCUUAGCCAAACUCUUGCCUACAAACCUCAGUUAAGUCAGAAAAGAUGUAUCUUCAAGUCCAGUAGAAAGCACAAAUGUUGGCAACGUAAGACUUGUAAAAGUGAAACAGUUUGCCAAAUGGUUUCCCUGCCAUUCAGCACCAGCAGCAGAUGGGAGUGUCCACCUUCGAGUCCACUCCUAGGAGAAGUUGACAGAUACCAAGGAGUUUGGGUGGACUUAUCCAAGACUGGAAUUGACAGACCUAAUGUUGAUGAGCUGUCAGAGGAGGACUUUGACAGAUUGUUGAAAGGUACAUCCCUGGAAGUAUGGAAAGGUCAAGGAAUAACUAGCGUCUGGCUGCAUGUGAGCAUGUCUCUCGGCAGACUCCUUCCUGUAGCCUCCAAGUAUGGCUUUGCAUUUCAUCAUGCUGAGGGUGGCCGGGCCACGUUAGUUUUAUGGCUGAGUGCAGGUCAGGAGAGCAGAAUCCCCAUCUUUGCAACUCAUCAGGUUGGUGUGUCAGGCAUUGUCAUUAAUGAAAACACAUGGGAAGUGUUAGUCGUACAGGACAAGAACAGACCUUUUCAGAUUUGGAAAUUUCCUGGCGGACUGUCUGAGCUUGGGGAAAAUAUUGUUGAGACAGCCGAGCGGGAAGUGUACGAAGAAACAGGUCUGAAGACAGAGUUCCAGUCAGUCCUUGCCUUUAGACAACAUCAUCAUAUGCCUGGUGCUUUUGGCCGAUCUGACUUGUAUGUUCUCUGCAGGCUGAAACCCCUGACUUUUGAACUCCGCCUCUGUGAGAAAGAAAUAGCCGCUUGCAAGUGGAUGCCUGUACAGGAGCUUAAGUCUGAAGUUAACGCCUCAUCCUUGACCCACAAAUUGGCUGAGCUGGUUUUAUACGGACUGAAAAACGGGUUUGAACAUGUAGAUAUAAUUUACCUGGAGAUGGCUUCGUUACACAAGGGAUUGAAAUUUCAUUUAUUCCAUCGACCUAUACAGUGA